AUGCCACUCCCACUCUCCGCCGCCUCCACCAUCGCCUCGUACGCCAUUCGGCCCGCCGAUCCCAAGCCCUCCUUCUUCAGCAUCGAGCUCUCCCAAGCCGAGCACCGCAUCCGCCUGAUCAACGCCUGGGGCGACGCCAUCCGGCCCGGCACGCGCAUCCUCGAGCUCGGCUGCGGCCAGGGGACCUGCACGCAGGCCCUCGCCGAGGCCAUCCGUCCCCCUCCUGCAUCCUCAGAGACCGGGACUGCUGCCAGCGAAGGUGAGACGAAGGGAGGAGGAGGAGGAGGAGGAGGAGGGCACAUCGACGCGGUCGACCCAGGCGCCCCGGACUACGGCAGCCCGUUCACGCUCGGCCAGGCGCAGGCGCACCUGUCGGCCGGACCGGUGGGGUCGCUGAUCACCUGGCACCGCGCGGAGCCGGUGGCCUUCCUGGCGGCGCACCCGGGCCGGACCUGGGACGUGGCCGUGCUCGCGCACUGCGUCUGGUACUUCGCGUCGCCGGGCGAGCUCGGCCGGAUCCUGGCCGCGCUGCGCGGGCGCGUCGCCCGCGUCCUGAUCGCGGAGUGGGCGCUGCGCGCGACCGAGCCGAGCGCUGCCGCGCACGUGCUGGCGGUGCUGGCGCGCGGUGCGUUUGAGGCGCACCGCGUGGGCAGUUGCCAGAAUGUGCAGACCCCGCUGAGCCCGGCGGCGAUUCGGCGGGCUGCGGAGGAGGCGGGGUGGGCAGUGGAGGGGGAGACGGUGGUGGUGCCCGAGAAGGAGUUGGCGGAUGGGUACUGGGAGACGGCAAUGGUGGUGGGGGAGGGGUUUGUGCAGGAUGUGGAGAGGGAGAUUGGAGAUGAGAGGGUUAAGGCGUUGCUGAAGUCGGCGAGGGACGCGACGAUUGCAGCGGCGGACGCGGUCGGCGGGGCGAAGGGGGUGAGAUCUAUGGAUGUGUGGGUUGCGACGCUUGUGCCAGGUGAAUGA